UACACAAAUUCAAAAAUAAAAUAAAAAUGAGUGAGCAAUCAUACGAACCAUUAUUAUUAAAUCGAAAAAAUGCAUCGAAAACGCUGGAUGAAACGAUAGAAAGGUGCAUUGGUGAAUUUGGAUGGGCACAAUUAUUACAAUCGAUCAUCGUAUCCCUAUCUUGGAUUUUCGAUGCUCAACAAACAUUCAUUAGUGUUUUCACUGACACAUCUGCAAUUAAUGAAUGGUCAUUACAACAAGAGCAGGGUCAUGAGAAUUCAAUUCUUACUGGAUUACCAGCGUCUUCAUUUUUCAUAGGUUGUCUUAUUGGAGGUUUAAUUCUCUCAACUUUGGCUGACACAAAACUUGGUCGAAAAAACAUGUUGGUUUUUUCAUGUCUUGUCAUGUCAAUUGCUGGAGCCAUGACAUCAAUUUCAACAAACAUUUGGAUUUACUCAUUUUUAAGGUUUUUGAGUGGAUUUGGAAGGGCCACUAUUGGGACUUGUGCACUUGUUUUGUCAACAGAGUUAGUAGGAAAUCAAUGGCGUGGACAAGUUGGUAUAAUUGGUUUUGUUUGUUUCACUAUUGGUUUUCUUUCAUUGCCAAUCAUUGCUUUUAUGAAUAAGGAGUCUUCAUGGAGAGUGUUGUAUUUGUGGACAUGUCUUCCAACAAUAAUGUACUCAAUUUUGGUACAUUUUUUUGUUUGUGAAUCACCAAGAUGGCUUUAUGUAAGAGGGAACAAAGAGGAAUUUGUCUCAACUUUGAAAAGUAUUACAACAAGGAGUAGCUUGACUUUGAGCUUCUUUGGUUCCUUCUUUGAAUUUGAAGAUCAACAACACAAUAAUUCGGAUGAGUCAACAAUCAAUCCCUACUCGGCUAUCAAGAUGUUGGUAGAAAAAAAUUGGGCUUGUAGACGGCUUAUAUUGGUAAUGUUGGUUGGUUUUGGUACAGGAAUGAUAUAUUAUGGGAUGCCAUUAGGGGUUGGAAAUUUACCUUUCAAUCUUUACCUAAGUGUUACACUUAAUGCAUUAUCAGAAUUACCAGCAUCUAUUGUAACAUUCUUCCUAAUUGGAAAAUUAACUAGGAAAAAAUCACUAUUAGUAUUUGCUAUGCUAAGUGGAAUAUGUAGCAUAGGUUGUGUAAUAGUAGAAAAUGAUGAUUUUAAAGUGUUACAAAUGGGGUUUGAACUUUUUUCAUUUUUUAGUGCAUGUACUUGUUUUAAUAUUUUGUUAAUUUACACUGUGGAAUUGUUCCCAACAUGUGUUAGAAAUUCAGCAGUGUCAUUGGUGAGACAAGCAUUGGUUCUUGGUGGUGCAAUUAGUCCAAUGUUAGUAGCUUUGGGGAGGAAAAAUAGAUGGUUUUCUUAUGGAGUUUUUGGGAUUUGUAUAGCAAUUUGUGGAUUAUUUGUCUUGUGUUUACCAGAAACUAAAGGAAAGACAUUGAGUGAUACUAUGGCUGAAGAGGAGUACAAGGAAAAUGUAUUUGUUUGCUAAUCAAUAUUGUAAACUAUGACAUUUUUUUUUCUAAUAAAAUUUUG